AUGGGAGUAUCAGGCAGUCAACCUGUUCCAGGUCCGCUUGGUGCCUAUAAGAAGGACACUUUCCUCCCUAACCCUGCAAACAACUAUCCUCUUUCACCCAAUUCACGCUUCAAGAUUGAACCUGUCAAGCGUGUAUUUAAAACCCCACCACUUGCUUCCAAAUCCAUCUUCCAUUAUCUUCCAUCACCAUCUAAGUCAAGUCCUGCAUCCAACAUGUCCGACUCUCCCAAAUGGGCCAGGUCCCAAGGCUCAAUCACCGACCUCCACUGGCGGGGUGAUGGCCAAGUCCCAAGGACAGGCCUAUCCGCUGGACCCUCAGCCGUUGUCUUCCAAGACAAGAUCUACUGCUUCCACCAAGGCAGUAGAAACAGAGGCGAGCUGUGGUUCAAUGUCUAUGAAGACUUCCAGUGGCGUGGUGAUCAGAAGGUUGCCAAUGUUGGCAUGUCAGCCGGACCCUCUGCUGUCAUCUUCAACGAUAAGGUCUAUGUUUUUCAUCAAGGUGGUGGGAACAAUGGUGAAUUGUGGUUCAACGUCAUGUCGGCUGCUCCAUCCGCUGUGAUCUUCCAUGGUACGAUCUGUGUGUUCCACCAAGGAGGAGGUAACAACGGAGAGCUAUGGUACAGCGUCUAUGAUGGAGGAAGGUGGUGGGGUGACUCUAAGGUCCCGAAUGUGGGUAUGUCAGACUCUCCUACUGCCACCUACAUCCCCUACAACGACACCAUCCAGGUCCUUCAUCAAGGAUGCGGGAAUAAUGGUAAACUUUGGGGAAAUGCCUUCAACGGAUCGCGCUGGUUUGGAGACGAGAAGGUUCAGAAUGUGGGGACCUCUACAAGCCCAUCUGCAGUGGCCUUUGACAACAAAUUGUUUUGCUUCCAUCAGGGAGGGGGCCUCAACGGGGAACUGUGGGUUGAUCAGUUCAAUGGGGAGUAUUGGGAGGGCGAUAAUCGGGUUUCCAACACGGGUAUGUCUGCAGAUCCGUCUGCUGUGGUUUACCAUGGCAAGAUCUAUCUGUUUCAUCAGGGUGACGGAAACAACGGCCAGCUUUGGUUUAAUGUUCUAGAAUGA